AUGGAAGUGCUGCCCGUGCAAAAUCUGAGAGCAGGUCUGGAUCACGCAGUGCAUCAAGGGCUUCAAAGCAUUCAGACUCCCGUUCCCGAUCCAGAUCAAAAUCCAGGUAUGUAAAUGUUUUGCAGUACACCCACAUAUAAUCUAUGCAGAGAUUAAUCUGUUGAAGGAACAUCCUAUGUGCCAUAGCAGUUACAGCUCACUGUAGUGGUUAUAGUGCCAGGAGUGCCCUGGUUUCUUUAUCAUUGAAGAUUGCAGUAUUUAACAAGAUAUGACUUAAAUGUCAAAGUGCUGGUGAACAUACUGUUGUCGAAUGUUAUCAUUCUUAAUGAUUCUUCUCUUCGUUCCCCUAAAAAAGCUACAUUAAAGUCUUGUAAAAACUUUUAAAAUGACGGUGUCACCCCUAAAAGAAAAAUUUAAAAAGAAACAGAUUGAGCUUGCAUAGCUGAAAAAUCCUUAUGGAGGGUUUCCCAUCCUAUGCAAUUUCUAAGCUAAAGUUUUUGUUUUGAUUCACCUCCCUCUCCCCCUGACUUCAUACAGUGUCGGUACUCGAGGGAUGUCCAAGUUAAUGGGAAAAGUAGCAUCCUAGGUGGGUGUCUAUUGUGGCUUGUGGAGCAAUUACAGAAUGAUCUGUGCACUCCUAUUUUUUUCUGACGCACACAGAAUGGUGCACUUUGACUGCCUUAGGCCAAUUCGCAAAGUCACCAAUCUUGUUACAGGCCCUGUAAUCUCUGAAUAGAAAUCAUGUGUUCUGAAUGAGCUAUUGAGCAUGUGCAAAUGAAACACUUGCUACUGGUGCAAAAAUCCCCAGGCUAUUUAAAGAGGAAAAUUUCUAUUGUGAUAGGCACCCUUGCUGUCACAGGGAAGUCGUGUCUACCAUCCCUCCACAUAACCUUGAAGCUAGUUAAGGUUUGAAUAAAAUCCGGUUGGCUCAAAAACUGGGAACAAUCUAUUCUUAAUCCUUCAAAAAAGAUUUCACUUCUUGGUUUAUAAAUACUCAAAGAUUACACGUCCUCCUUCAAACUCAGAAGAGACUGAGAAUCAGCAAGGCCAUUUCAAAGUAUUCAAAGAAACCCUUUGGCAAUGGGCCUGUUGGGGUUACUCACUUCUGCAAUUCCAGCACUAAAAUGCAACGAAGGCUUACAUCUGAUGUCUGCAAGGAGAAAUACUGUUUAACAGGAAUCUAGACAAUCUGGACAUGGAGCUCUGUAUUUCGGAAAAGGCUUUGGGGAAAACCAAAGCCGGUGGAGAAAAUUCAAUAUUUGUUCAUAAAGGCCUCUUGCUCACAGGUGGGUAUCAAUUACUACAGACACGUCUGGGUCAGGAUGUGGGUGCUCACAUAAAUUCCUUGAUAGAUCAAGGAAGUUGUUCUUCAAAGGACGUCCUCAACUUUAAGGAAAUUAUGUCCAUUGGGAAAGCCCUUUAUUUCAAGGAAUAUAUUGAAAAAUCAACCAGACAACCUUAUGACUGUGAUUUAAACAAGCAAGGAGGAACAAGAAGCCAAUCUCUAGCAAAAUUAUGCAAAACCAUAAUCACAUGGACAGAAAGGUGUCUGUCCGCUCUCAGGCAUCCACUUACAGGCUAUAGAAAAUCAGUUGACUAUCUCAGCAGGGACUUCUGGAAACAAACUCUUCACUCAGUCCUCACAUUUUUAAUGCAUUCUCAGUGUGGUGGAGAUUUCAGAUGGCAUAUAAUUCCCCCCUCUCCAAAUUGCAAUAGCAGAAUUUGGGGAACUUCCAGUGUCAGAACAAAUGGACAACAAAGAUGUGAUUAUAGUAUGUCAGAACACUUUCAAGCUAAGGGAAUGGAAACUACAAUGCUGAAACAUAGUGGACAUUGUUACCGGCUACAAGGAAAACCCACCUUUUAGAAUCUUACGUAUUUUUGGGGGGGGUAAGUCGUUGCAUGGUAUCAGAUAAAUCUUAAAGGAGCACUAUAGUGUUAGGAAUGCCCUUCCUUCUUAUUAAAACUGAGGUGGAACAUAAUGCACAGCGAGCACCAUGGGAUGGCAUUGAGUCAAUGCUUUCCUAUGGGGGAUUUGAAGACUGGAUGUCCUCAUGCACAGAUGUUAUUAAAUUGGUUUCUAAACUAUUUAAGGUUUGAUUCUCCCAUUCAAAGUUAAGGUUCCCCCCCUCCCUCCCCCUCCUUCUUGGAAUAAACCGCUUUGAAUAGACUGAUGUUUUUGCAUUAUAUUGUCGUGGUGUAAUCUCUUGUAUAACUGAUCUGCUUAGUUGCUUGAAGGGACACUAUAACCAGUUUAAUGAGAUGAAGCAGAUACAGUGCCUACGGUGUCCCUUUAAAAGGGACACUGUAGGCACUCAGACCACUUCUGCCCAUUGGAGUGGUCUGGGUGCCAACUCCCACUACCCUUAACCCUGCAAGUGUAACUAUUGCAGUUUUUUUAUAAACUGCAAUAAUUACCUUGCAGGGUUAAGUCCUCCCCUAGACAGCCACUAGAGGGCACUUCCUGCUCUAAAGCACAGGUUUUCUGUGCUAGAGCGUCGCUGGACGUCCUCACGCUGUGUGAGGACCUCCAGCGUUGCUAAAUUCCCCACAGGAAAGCAUUGCCGCGCAUUAGGUCUCCUCUCGCCCACCGGCUGAUGUAAGAAAGAGGAGCGGCAGCGAGCAGAAACCACCGCCGAGGGACUUACUUGAGCGGGGGUCUCAGGUAAGUGACUAAAGGGGGUUUUACCCCUUCAGCAGCCGGGGGUGGGAGGGAGAGAGGACCUGCAGUGCUAGGAAAACUGAUUUUCCUGGCACUGGAGUGUCCCUUUAAGGUAUUUAUAGCGUAAGGGGAUGAAAUCUAACACUUUUAAUUUUAGCACGGAGGCUACUUGUCCCACUAACUUUAGCAACCCUCAGAUAAUGCCACUAGUACGAAGGGAAAUUUUUUUUACAGGACAUAACAAUUCUAUUUUUGUGUGUAGUGUAAAAGGGGAAUGGUCACUUCUGGUAUUUACCUAAUUGAACAAAACUUGCCAAUAACUUCACUGUACGAUUAGUUACUGUGCUGCACUACAUAAAGUGGAAAAUACAUCCCACACAAACAAAACUCUGAAACUGUUAUGCAAUAAAUGUCUGACAAUAGAUUUCAUAUUGAAGCAUAUUGCAUUGCUUGUGUAUUAAAAUCUGGGGUAUUUUUUGUUUAUCUUGUGUGUUAUUGCCGUGGUAAGUAGAUCUGUUACGCUUUUACUGGCUGAGAAGAGAAGCAAAUACUUGACUUUAACUGAAGGCUUCUGUCAGGUUCAGACUGACUUCUCUUCUCUGCAUUCUUAAAACGCUACAGGAGCUCAUAUGGUUCGUCAUGAAGUCUCACAGAAGACUUAUUCUAUCCCAAGCUAUGUUUAACACAUAGUAAUGGAGUACAGAUUAUACACAAACAGGUGGCCAGGCAAAUGCAGAGUGCAACACUAACACAUGGCAAAAAUAUAGAAAAUUUCAUUUUGGUGCCUUUUUGUUCCUCUUAUGAUAUACGAAUAUUUAGUUGUUUGUGGGUUUGUUUUAUUUUUAUUAAAGGUCCCGGUCAAGGAGGCAUUCUCAUAGGCGUUAUUCACGCUCCAGGUCCAGAUCUCACUCUCAUAGAAGAAGGUCAAAGAGCAGAUCCUAUACCCCAGAAUAUCGCAGACGGAGAAGUCGCAGUCACUCUCCUAUGUCCAACCGUAGAAGGCACAACGGCAGCAGGGUAGGUUCUCACUCUAGAAUGAGAACAGUUCUGCCAAGAGAGGUUUGUCAACAUCUAUAUUUUUGCCAAUAAGUGGAUUUGUCACUUUAGAACAUGUGACUAAUGUAAAUGUUUAAAGUCUAUAGUGGGUGUCUUCAAAAUAAAAAAAAUGGGGAAAGUAUUUAACACAUGGGUGCACGUUCAAUAAAUGUGUGUGAUGAAAAAUGUCAUCUUGCAAACAGGAAUGGCAGCCCAAUUGUGAAAAAGAUAAAUUCAUAGUGUUUAAGACAACCUUAAAUUUCACAAGAAAAACAUUUUACCAUUUUUUGUUCCCUCCUUAAUAUACCUUCAGGAUUGCAGCUUAUUGUUUACUUUUUCCCCAUAUAUAAAAAGGCCUUUAGCACAUUAGAGAAUGGCAUUGUGAUACAUAUUGAGACCCUUUAUUUAUCACGUGGUAACUUAUUUAGAACAACUUGAUAUAGGCCUCCUAGUACUUCCAAACUGCUUUAGCAAUACGAACACUGUCAAAUUGUGGACGUUUAUGAAGUGUAUGGUAGUUAUUUAAUGUGCAAUGGCAGUCUGACACCGGAUUCUAGUAGGCAUUGUGGGUUACUGAAGGGUUUAGUUAAGUGUAUAACUGUUCAAAAACAAAAUAACGGUUACAAACUUACUGUGAUUCUAAUUGUUUCUAACUACUACAUAUUGUGAUUACAAGUGAAGUACCCUCUUUCAAGCAUCUUGAAGGCUGACUGCAUUUGCACUAUUUCUGCUGUUUUGACCUUAUAUUUGAAAUUCACUUUAAAUUCUCAUUUCAGAUAAUAAACCUGUCAGGCUGUUAGAAAUCAUACAAUUUUAAGGCUCUAUAUUAGUCUAUCAUUGAAGGAGUUACUCUAAAUGUGCAAUUUGCACCUAUUCUUUCUUUCACAGGCAAACCCUGAUCCAAACACAUGCGUUGGUGUUUUUGGCUUGAGUUUAUACACAACAGAGCGAGAUAUCAGAGAAGUGUUUUCUCGUUAUGGUCCUCUCAGUGGUGUCAAUGUAGUUUAUGAUCAGCGGACUGGACGAUCAAGAGGAUUUGCGUUUGUCUAUUUUGAACGCAUAGAGGAUUCCAGAGAGGUAACUUGAUGUGUUUUUCUAGAAGUUAUUCAUUUUUUUUAUGUAGCUCACAUUUACCCUAAUCCAACUACGUAUCACAAUUCUGCUAUACAUUGUCACAACAUAUGUUCUUAUGAGUUGUUAAUCUUUCUACAGCAUAAAGUUGAUGAGCGAAACUAAACCAUUCAGAAUUCACUGCUUUUGCCGUAAACUCUGCUUAUGGUUAAGCUUAGCAGUGCUAUAGGAAGUUGAGGGUAUCCUAAUUUAUUUAAUUCCUGGUCUUGCUUGUGCUCCCUAUUGCAGCAGAUUAAUUUUGAACAAUCUUUUUAAAUUGUCUUCAUAUAUGGGUGGUGGGAUAUGGGCAAUCUCUAGCCUACAGUGUCAAUUUAAAGGCACAUUCCAUGCACUAAUUAUCAACAUUAAGCCAUGUGUGGGUAUAUGAAUUAACUUGUCAUUGCCUCUUAACUUUAUUUCAGUAUGGGAAUAAACAAAGAUAUUAAACAUCCGUAGUUUGGGUCCAAAGAAUGCAUUCAAAAGCACAGGUUUCUUUUUAUUUUACUUGCUGAAUAGUCAUGCUGUAAGUUAGAAAAACAUUGCAGAACAUGUUUAACGAUGUUUUUGUAAUGCAGUCAUUAAGUGUGCAUAUCCAUCUUUCAUUCAGUAUUUUUAAAAUGUUGUAGAGUAUUUUACCCUACAAUUCUACAACUUUGUUACUCUUGGUACAUAAACCAUGUGUCCACUUGACAUUUAAAAAUGUCAAAUUUUGUGAGUAAGAUAGUGGUGGUUUAUGGUAAUCUAAAGCAUUGUAUAGUUGGCUGAACGGAGACUGUGGAUUAGUCUUUAAAGUUCGACUACCGUUUUUUGUGGAAGGCACAUUUUUUCCAAAUGUAGCAUAUCAUAUGGUACAAAAUUUUCACUAGUAUAAAGUGUUACUCUUAUUUUAGACAUGGUUAUGGUGGUAGCAAUCUGUAUACGCAGUGUUUCACCAAGAAACUGCCUAUACAGAGAAAUCUCUCAUUUUAUGCAGAGAUAUUGUUACAACCCCUACCCAUGGGACUUGGUCAGCCUGGAACUCUAUGCCAUGCUGACUGUGUGAUAAAAAAUUGGCAUUGCGCCCCCCAUCAAUCCAGAUAGGGAGGAGGGCGGGCUUUAGUGUCGAGAUGAGUGAACACUGCGCAGUCUAACGUUCAGUGGUCCAACAGUGCUUCACUAUGAGAAGCAUUUGAUUGGGCCACAGGUGCAAAGAGGACAACUAUAAUUGUAGUAUCAAGUGGAAUACAAAAUUGGCCUUUAGAUGGUAAUGUUUCUUGAAUUGUUAUGAAAGACAAUGUGUCCUUUCUGUCAUUGUUGCAUAUAGUACAGAAACAGUCUAAUAACUUUCUUACGAACGUUAAGGAUUCUAUUUGAACAGUUGCCAUGUUUGCAAGGCUGUAAACCUUUCUAAUUAAACAUUAAAUUGCAGGUAAUUACUUGUAAUUACGGUAGUGUACAUAUACACCAUUAACUAGAACUCUCUCAAGAACACACUGGAAGCAGAUUAUGAAGGAAAGGUGCAUUGAAGCUACUUUUGCGAAGUAGUAAAUCAAAUGUACAUACAAGGGAUCGACCGAUAUUUUAUUUUUAGAGCUGAUCCCGAUCUUUGAACUUUCAGGCCGGUGGCUGAUAAGUUACCGAUAUUCUGUACAUUUACCACUUUGAAAAAAUAAACUUUCUAAAGGUAAAUGCACAAAAUAUACAUGCUUCAUGUAGUGGAUGCAGUGUUUGUGUAAGUGUAUAUAAUGAAUGCAGUGUUUGUGUAGUUUUUUUUUUUUUUUACUCGUUGCCAGGUCAGGGAGGGGGGAUAUGCCAUUCCCCGGUGGCAGGGACUGUGCAGUGGGAGCCCAGCAAGCGCUUACUUUCCUUCCCUUCAGCUCCCCUGUUUAACUCUCGCUGCCUACUUGCUGCGCAGAGCAUUGCAAUGGUAACCCGUGGCAAAGCUCUGACUGCCGCGGGUCUCGCGAGAUUUACACAGGGGAGCUGCUGGGAAGGUAAGUAAGAGCUUGCUGCAGGACCACCGGGCUUGUAAUGGGCCUGUCGGUCCUGGUAUGUAAUAUCGGUAUCUUUAUUUGCCGACACAGAUAUUAUUGCUGAAAAUACCGAAUAUUGCCCAAUAAGAUCGGUCAAUCCCUAGUACAUACAGCAGAUAAAUUAGAUCUAGGCAUAUAGGUGCCCAUGUUUUUGUUUAUGCCUACACAGAAUCCGAUAAGUGAUGCUUAAGAGUUGUACUCCUUAGCGGAUCAAAGCGGUUUUCCUGACACAAUAGUGCCCUGAGGGUGUCCUCACCCUCAGGGUCGGUACCCCCCCCAUUGGCGCCGAAGGGGUUAAACCCCUUCAGCAGCUUACCUUUAUCCAGUGCCGGGCUCCCUUGACGCUGGUGACAUCUCCUCCCUGCCGACGUCCGCUCCCGAGUGGAGUGCGCAGCAAGUGCCACGCGCGCAUUAAAACAGUCCAUAGGAAUGCAUUUCUCGAUGCUUUCCUGUGGACGUUCUGCACGCUGGAUGCGAAUUUCGCAUCCAGCGUCGCAGAUACACCUUUAGUGGCUGUCAGGAAGACAGCCACUAGAUGUUGGAUUAACCCUGCUAUGUAAACAUAGACGUUUCUCGGAAACUAUGUUCACAGUGUGAAGGGUUAAAACCUGAGGGACCUGGCACCCAGACCACUUAAUUGAGCUGAAGUGGUCUGGGUGACUAUGGUGCCAUUGAGCCGAUUUUGAACAAAUUUCAAUCAGAUUGAACAGCACAGUGUGUUUACUUUACAUGUUCAUAUCUCCUGAUCGGUUUAACUUUAAUACACACAUGAUCAUGUAGUCUCUAGCAGUCACUUGAACAGUUGGUUAAGAAAUUCAAAACUAAACAAAAUAGCACACUGCAAUAAAGGAAGUUAAACUGCCUCCUACAGGUAUUAGUGUAGCUAAAGCUGCAUAAACUGAUUCAGCUCCUAAAUGGCAAAGAACUAAGCCGUGAGACUGCAAGAGCAUGAUCUAUACGUCAAAACCACUUCACUAAGCUAGUUUGAUUCUUGGUGUCCCUUUAAAUUAAAAUUCAUGAAAUGUGUACAUUGUACUGAUAUGAACUAGUGUAGUUUUUUUAAAGGGACACUGUAUGCAACCCAGACAACUUCAUGCAGAUGAUCAUAGGGAUAAGACUGCCUCUAGUGACUGUGAAACAGCAGGAUACACUUCCAGUGGUCGUUUGGUAGAGAGAUGAACUCAGUGAAACACUGAGCAAUCUUUGCACGAGGACGUCCCACGUCUGGGAAGAACAAAUGUGCCGUGCACAUUGUUACCCCUUGCGAUGAUAAUGGACUUAGGCAAAUGUUUUUUUUUGUGAAACCUUUAAUUGCUGUGCGAUUGACACUAAAGUGUUAGCACUUUUGUAUACCUAAACUGUUCCCUCCCCUUACCUGUGAGUCAGUUCUCACAAGAGGGUAUGAGAUCUGGUUCUCUUAUCACGAUUACAGAAUAUCUGAUGGUGGUGUCCUUACUACUCUAGUCUAACAUAAGGAUUUAGUCCUUGCUGUUCAGAUGUGAGUAAUGCAAAGGCAAGUUGUCUUCUACUUGUGUGUUCCCAAGCAGUGCUGUGAUAGGGGAGGGGUUACAAUAAGAACACUCAAAAACGUUGUGACUAUAUAAUGCAAGAAAUUCCUGAAAAGCUAUAACCUGGAUUACAUGGGUUAGAAAAUAUUUAACAAGAACCUGUCGUGACACUCGCUUAACGGCCGUUUGCAAUAAUGUACGAAUGAAGGUAAUUUAUUGAACUUGUACGGUGUGCAUACUUCAGAUGAGGUUAGGGAGUUUUAGCCUAUUGCAAAAUGGUGCAAGAUUGAAGUGACUCGCCCCUUGAGUGCAUGAAUUGAUACUAGUAAGAAUAUUUACUGUUGGAAUAUUCCUUUAAAAAAUCUAAAUGUGUAAUUUGUAGGUUAAUACAAAUACUGUAUAAAAACACUAAAGGCCCUCUGAAACUUUGAUUUAGAGUGCCUCAUUUAGUACGUUGAAAAACGGAUGGCUACUCAUACUAUUAACAGGGCGCUUUUGUUGUGUGCCACUAGGUGGCAGGAUCGAGAUCCCUUUUCGGAACGGAUUUCCACGUGUCUACAUUAAGGCAAUAAAUGGCUUUUUGUCAUUAUGACUUUGGACAGGAGUCAAUCACAAUAUUUGUGCGAUUCUAAUCUAUCCAUACUGGGCCUUGUGUCCGCCUUACUAGACUUGCUUAGUCUGCAUGUAGUAAGUACGGGAUUGCAGACACGGAGUGUGGUUAAUAGUCUAUAUUACCCUGACACCUCGCCUCAUGGACGGCAUGAAUGUGAGCUCGGUACCGGGUUGGAAGGGGGGUGUAUCGGGCAUAGUGCAGAACAUCUGUAGCGGCUUCACAAUGCUUCUAAACUACAUUUCCCAUUAUGCUUAGCCAGCUUUAGUUGGUCGAGCAUUAUAGGAGAUGUAGUUUUGGGUUGAGCGCAGAGAUCAGCGAAAUAAUUAAUAGGCGAUACGGGCGGCAGUGAUACUGAGAGCAUGGUGUGUAUGCGGUUCGGGGAAUCUGAUAAUUCUGAAUUAAAGCCACCCGUGUUAGGGGACUCGGGUGACACGUGGUGUUCUGGAUGGGAAUAAUUGGUGUUUGCCGCAUGGUGCUGUCCGUGGCGUGGUUUCGGUGUCCAGACGGGCUUGGUGGCCAUCAUACCGUAUCCGCUAUCCGGCGGCGGGGAGACGGACUGGCCCCGGCCAGGUAUCCCCGACUCCUGCUCCCAUGGUGAGCCUGGCCCACGCCUCGUGUCACUGCGUGCUUUGCGUAAAGCUGCGCCCGCGUGUCAUGCUCUUCACCAGGCCCAGGCCGCCAUUUUGUCGUUGGUGAUGAGAGGUGGGGGCGGGGAAAGACUUGUGCUGAGAUGGACGCUGCGAGGCGGGGAGAAGCGCGAAAUGGCAGCCCGACCACGUGCAUGGGAGCUCGCGCCGUUCCAAUCCUCUCGCGGGCGCGCGCAGACCCUCUGCACGAGUAAACCGCUGUGUGGGGCGGGGUUAACCAGUUAGCGGCCGCCUGGGAGUCCUGGCUACAUUGUGCGCGUUCACUGCUGUGGGGGCGGGGCUGGGGUCACGAUGCGUGUGGCUCCUAAACUUUAAAAAUAAGUCGGAAAAAAGGCUUUUGUGCAAGUGCCGUGUAUUUAUUUUUUUUUCUCUAAAUUGUGUUGGUGAAACUCCGUAAUGUGCACGUGUCGUUGCCACAAAAAGACAAUUUCUUGUUUAAACGCUGCAGUUUUGUGUAGAUUGCUACUGUUGUACAUUGCAGAGAUGGUUUUCAUAAUUUUAUUUAGCAUUGACAAUAUAGCUGGUACUUUCUAUCUGAAAUUUAAUACAGAUUGAAAAUCAUGAGCGAGUGGCUUAAUUUGCAAGAUGUUCUGUGGAUUUUAGAGUUAGAUUUUUCACUCAAAACAUGAACUCACUAGUACCCUCUACCACUCUUAAGUUAUUUAAAUAUGCAUCAUGGGAUUUGAUAGCAGCUCCCUAAUGCAAGUAGAAGCAGGAAGUUGUUAUAGGACAACAUAAGGGUACUCCAAAUCAUGGAUAUAUACAUGCUUGUCUGACUAGCUUAUACUAGUUUAUUCCUGAAGGAAAUUUAAUAGUGCAGUGUAAUUACCAUUAAUCUAAAUGAAAAAUUGGUCCUGCCAUGUGACAGGUGGGAUUUUGUUCCACUAGACAUACAGUAGUUUGCCAGCACCAUCUCCUGCAUACAGGACUUUAAUUCUGUACUUCAUCAAACAGUGUAACAUCAUUUAUUUAAAAACCGAAUAUUUGAAUAUAAUGUACAGGGGCAGGGCACAAGGAAGGGAGACAUUAGUGCAUUUUGUAAUGUGCAAGGAACUUCCUCAGAUUUCACAUCAAAUGUCAAGCCAUUUCUAAUAAAGAUUUUCUUUUCUAGGCCAUGGAACAUGCCAAUGGUAUGGAACUAGAUGGCAGAAGGAUACGGGUUGACUAUUCAAUAACUAAGCGGGCACACACACCAACUCCAGGAAUUUAUAUGGGAAGACCUACACAGUAAGUCACAACCUUUGAGCUACUCUUCUGUUUUUAGAAAUCAGUGGUAUUGUACAUUGCAAUGAUGUUAAAAGCCUUGUAACGGCAGAUAUUUAAAACUUUAAUCCCCCAAAUGUAAAUAGUCAAAACAUUUUAGGAUGUUUUGAACGGUUGUAAUGUUCUCAAGUGUCUGCCAGGUGCCUCUUUGCCCUACUACUGCAUCAAGUCAGGUAGAAGCCAUCUGCCUGAGCUAAGCUCAUUAACCCCUUAAGGACACGUGACAUGUCAUAAUUCCCUUUUAUUCCAGAACUUUGGUCCUUAAGGGGUUAAAGGAGAGCACUGCAUGAGUUUCUGGCUCUCUUGAAAGCUUAAAGGAGGUGGUAGACUGACAGAAUGCAAGUUUAUUAUGUGUUUGUCACGAGCAUAUUAAAGUGGCUGUCACCUUCUGGUGUCUCUGUAUAAUUCACAAAGGCUCCCAAUGGUGACUUCUCUGCUAAGUGUGUGGUGUUUUUAAAAGCUGUCACUUGCAUUUGCAUAUAUUGGGUCAUGUUCGAUGUACUUCAUGUCAUUGUUGUACUCUUCUGUAUAUGUGACAGUUCAACAUUGAGGUUUAUGUGGAUUCUGCAGUAGCUUCCAUAGGUGUCUUGCUAUAUAUAGGGUGAGGUAGAGGCAAAAAAUGCCUUCAAAAUAUAAACAAAGAACAAGUUAGACCCAACAGUGUGUAUACAACCAAAAAACAAACACGAGUCCUGCGCAUCCAGUAUAGGUGUGCACACCCAGGUGUUACCACAAUUUAUUUGAGGACAAAGUUAAAACCGCAUCUUUCGAGUAGAAGCCCUUUCUCAUUAGCAUUGAGGAAGGGCUGCUGCUCAAAAAGUUUGCUGUUUUAACUUUGUUGCACACACACAAACUCCAUGGAAGCUCCACCUAAUGUCAAAUUCAGGAAAAAAUGCAUAAAGCAAAGUAGUCCUUGCAUUUCAAGGAGUGUUUUUUACCCCUUAAGGACCAAACUUCUGGAAUAAAAGGGAAUCAUGACAUGUCGUGUCCUUAAGGGGUUAAAGCAUAUUUCUACUUGAGGCAUUGGUGUUAAUGCUUAUGUUUUGUUACAGUGGUGGCGGUGGAGGUGGCGGCGGUGGUGGCAGUAGUGGCGGCGGUAGCAGCAGUGGUGGAGGUGGACGUCGUCGGGAUUCUUACUAUGAUAGAGGAUAUGACAGAUAUGAAGAAUAUGAUUAUAGAUACAGGUAAGUGACCACUUAAUUCUGUUACAUUUAAACCUUUUAGUUUGUGUUUAUACUAGAUGCACACAUUUGUCACACUUUUUCCAAGAGAGAUCUAGGAAGUUUAUACUUUAAACUUGAGACAGAUGAGCCUGAUUUUAUGCUUUCGGUCCUCUUAAUGCCAGGUGCAAGUGUCAAUUUUCCUCCUUAAAGGACCACUCUAGGCAUCCAGACCACUUCAGCUUAAUGAAGUGGUCUGGGUGCCAGGUCCAGCUAGGGUUAACCCAUUCUUUUAUAAACAUAGCAGUUUCAGAGAAACUGCUGUUUAUGAAUGGGUUAAGCCUUCCCCCAAAGCCUCUAGUGGCUGUCUCAUUGACAGCCGCUAGAGGCGCUUGCAUGCUUCUCACUGUGACUUUCACAGUGAGAGCACGCCAGCGUCCAUAGGAAAGCAUUGUAAAUGCUUUCCUAUGCGACCGGCUGAAUGCGAGCUGCGCGUGCGCAUUCAGCCCAGGAGGAGGAGAGCUCUCCGCCCAGCGCUAGAAAAAGGUAAGUUUUACCCCUUUUCCCCUUUCCAGAGCCGCCGGGCGGGAGGGGGUCCCUGAGGGUGGGGGCACCCUCAGGGCACUAUAGUGCCAGGGGAACGAGUGCUUUCCUGGCACUAUAGUGGUCCUUUAAAACUGUUUUAGUAUUAAUAUGGUAGCUUGUACCUAGUUGUAUUUGACAUUCCAUGAAAACUUGCACCCAGCAUAGUAAAAUUUGUAGUUUUAUAAUUUUUCUUCAUGUUUGUAUUUCAACAUGUUAAUGGAAUGCAAAAACUGAGAUUUAGCAGUCUGGAGUUUGUCGUUUUUUAAAAACAAAUUCAUAUGUUCCUCCCUAACCUACAGGAGACGAUCGCCUUCACCUUACUACAGCCGCUACAGGUCCAGAUCACGAUCACGCUCAUACAGUCCAAGUGAGUAAAAACUGUCUACCCUAUUCUGCUGAAUAGGAGAUAUAUCGGCAACACUUAAUCAAACACCAAAAUGAGCCACCUGCUUCCCCCAUAUUUAAUGUGAUUCUUCUGAAGUGUCUAACUUUCAGGAAAGUUCACUUCCAUCCUGCUUAUUCUAAACCUCUCAUUACCGUUAAAAGUAAAUGAACACUGUUCACUUGAACACUGACAUUUAAGUUUGAUUUUUAAAAUGUUCAAAUAAAUUUGAAUUAGCUGUUGGCCAGAUAAACUGUAAAACUGUUUUUAUUUUUCUCCUUAUAGGGCGCUACUAA